CAGGAUUUUUCCUGGUUUCCUUCCCCACUUCUUAAUCUCGGCCGUCUUGAAUGGCCGUUCCAUUUCGAUAACCACGUGAGAAGGAGGCCAUGGCCAAUCGCCUGCCUCCUCUGAAUGAUGUGGCCCCUUCCCCGGCCCUGGAGUCCGCCUCUUCGGGAACGCAUGAGUCUCCAGUACCAACCGAUGCAGUGACCUUGGAUACGGAUUAUGUGAAGUUGGAGGAUUCUCCUACGCCGUCCGCCUUGACAUCCGCCGAUGCAGACGCAGAAACACCGGCGCCAGACAAUGGCGGGCCUGCGGGGCGGAAACGCAAGUUGAAUAGUACUUCCGCAAGAGGCGUAGCCAAUCUUACACCCGAGCAGCUGGCGAAGAAACGAGCCAACGACCGACAGGCCCAGCGGGCAAUUCGCGAGAGGACUAAAGCGCAUAUUGAUACGCUUGAACAACGCGUUCGCGAGCUCUCUUCCCAGAAGCCAUUUUUGGAUCUUCAGGCGGCCCUGAAACAGAAUGAAGCCAUGCAAGCCGAAAAUCGUGAAAUCCGACAGGGGUUAAAAGCGAUCAUGGAUGUCAUCCAGCCUCUAGUUGGAAAGAACAAUGCGUCUAGCACUAACCCCUCCGCAUCUACAGCCGCUCCUUCGGCCAUGCAUUCGGUCCCCCCUUUGUCUACAACACCACCCUUUGCCAAAAGCAGUUACUUUAGUGACAACAGGCCAAUCAAUGUCGAACACUCAUAUUCCGAGGCUUCCGCAAGGAUCGAAACCCCGUCUUCCCUACCCUCGACGCCUUUGUUACGCACGACGCAGCGGGACAACGCGCCCAACGGAGCCUCUGCUUCGUUUCGCAUUGCAUUCGACUAUCAGCGUCAUAACCUGACACAUGGUUUGGACUUUGGGAACGAUGAAAGAAUGGGCUUCAACUUUCUCCUUGAUGCAUCUCAACAGGUUCCAAAAGUGGAGGGCUUCCGUCGCUCAUCGGGCAACUUCCGAGUUCCCCCAAUGAAUGUUUCUCCAGUCUAUCCAUCGCCGAUCCACGGGUCCAUGGCGGAGCAGUCUCUGCCCGCCUAUAUGACGCCAGUCCGAAACAUUGCACCGACGUGCACGCUGGAUGCUAUUCUAUUGGACUUUCUCCACCACCGACAACGUGAAGCCGCUUCGGGGGUCCCCCGGCAAAAGCUGGUGGGGCCUCCUUAUCCCAGUGUCUCAUCGCUGCUCAAUCCAGAAAGGGGCGCCUUUUCACAUCCGUUGUCUAAGGUAUUCACUGACAUUCUGCGCACAUUCCCGGACAUCUCUUCCCUUCCGGAGCAAGUGGCCGUCUUGUAUGCCAUGUUCCUCCUCAUGCGGUGGCAGAUUUACCCAACGCCUGAGAAUUAUGAUAGGCUACCGGAGUGGCUGACCCCGCGUCCAUCGCAACUAUUAACACCACAUCCCGCGUGGAUUGACUACUUGCCGUGGCCGCGGAUGCGCGACCGCGUAGUCAUGGCACACCAGGACUAUCCUUUUGAUAACUGGUUUAUUCCCUUUACUCGCACGCUAUCAGUUAAUUGGCCCUAUGAGGAAACCGAUUGUCUUUUGUCCACUGGGGAUGGCGAGGAUCUGAUUAUCAAUCCUGUCUUUGAGAGACAUUUACGCAACCUCAGCAAUUGGAGUCUCGGCCCGGCGUUUGCGGAAGCGUAUCCUUCGCUAGCUGAGACGGCUAAAAUUAAGAAACCAUAACAGUAUCUUGACUGUAUAGGUCGAUCUUCACUGGGCGGUUAUCUUGUAGACAGUCGAGUGGAAUUUUGUGAUAUAUACGUUCGACCAAUUUUGGUCAAAAAGCUCGGGCGGGUGGCAAUUUGAGGACGUACUCCAUUCAUUCGCUAGCGAUCCCCUUAUCUUCUCCUUGAAUUAAUCUUUCUCUCUCCCUCUCUUUCUUUCUUUUGUGUGUGUGUGUGUGUGUGUGUAUGCGCGCGGUUCUCAUCCUGAACUCUUUCCCUUCUUAUUAUGUUGCCAUGUUACUCGGAUACUU